AGAGAGUGAAACCUGAAUGCAUGCUCUUUGUCUCCCUCCACAGCUGCUUUGCCGAGUUACAUCAGGCCAGGCUUUCUGGAGGCACUGUUAAUGCUAAGAAAAAGGAAAAGAAGAAAAUCCUUCAAACAGUCAAGCGCUGUCUCUCUGUUGUCAAUGAGGACUAUGAGGACGACGAUGAACAGGAUGCCCAUGAAUGUGUGGUGCUCCUCCUCUUUCAGCUGAAGGAGGAGGGUAUGGCAUUAAAGGGCUCACCAGAGCCAUACACCUGCCCCGUGAAGCAGUUAGAAUUCAAGCUGAAGACUUCCCGUACCUGCACCAGCUGUGGAGUUAUAGUGUAUGGUCAGGAGGCUUACAAUCACUUGUCACUGAGCCUGAGCCAUUACCUGCCACACAGCCUGGACCUCUACUUUAAGCCAUCUGCGUUAGAGUGUGCAUGCAGGGUGUGCUCAGGCAGCAUGGCAUCUGUGACUAGGCACUUCCUCACGCUGCCCCGGGUCCUAAUGCUUCAUAUUAAGCGGUUUACUGCAGGCAACUGGGAGCCAGAGAAGGUGGACGAUCCCAUGUCCAUCCCUGCAGAACUGACCCUCCCAGCCCUAUGUGGGGAGACAGCCCCUGUCCAGCAUGGAGCCAGGGCAAGCUCACUGGGGAACAACAACAUGGACAACACAUCUGCAAACACCCCGAAAGGCACCCUUGAUAAACCAGAGCCACCAGCCAGACAAUAUCUACAAAUUGUCAAGUGUGAUCUCACAUCUGGGAGACAACAUGUAUACAGGCCACUACAUCAGUGAUGUUUUGGACAGCCGUGGCAGUGGGUGGCUCUGCCUGGAUGACUCACGUGUCUUGAGGACAGAUGAGGCCACUGUGCUGAGGGCGAGGGCACAGACUGCCUACAUCCUGUUCUAUGUCUGCAGUGGAGCAGGGGAAGGAGACCAGGCCCCUCAGGACCAGGAGAACCCAUCAUAAAACUCAGGGAGAUGCACAGAGCCCAGGGACCACCUGGAGUAACACCUACCACAAUACCAAGAAACAUCAGAUUCAUCGAAUUAGGCUGCCCUACACCACCAUCAAGCAGCCCUAGACCACCAUCAAGCUGCCCUACACCACCAUCAAGCUGCCCUACACCACCAUCAAGCUGCCCUAUACCACCAUCAAGCUGCCCUAUACCACCAUCAAGCUGCCCUAGACCACCAUCAGGCUGCCCUAUACCACCAUCAAGCUGCCCUAUACCACCAUCAAGCUGCCCUAGACCACCAUCAAGCUGCCCUAGACCACCAUCAAGCUGCCCUAUACCACCAUCAGGCUGCCCUACACCACCAUCAAGCUGCUCUACACCACCAUCAAGCUGCCCUACACCACCAUCAAGCUGCCCUACACAACCAUCAAGUUGCCCUACACCACCAUCAAGCUGCCCUACACCACCAUCAAGUUGCCCUACACCACCAUCAAGCUGCCCUACACCACCAUCAAGCUGCCCUAGACCACCAGGGAAUAAAGCUGCAUGAGACCACCACCAGGCUGCCCCAGACCACUAGGGAAUAAAGCUGCCUUAGACCACCAUCAAGCUGCCUUAGACCACCAUCAAGCUGCCCUAGACCACCAUCAAGCUGCCCUAGACCACCAAGGAAUAAUUCUGCUCUAAACCACCAGGGCAACGGUCUUCCCUAAACCACCAGGACAUCAGGCUGCCCUAGACCACCAGUACAUCAGGCUUCCCUAAACCACCAGGACAUCAGGCUGCCCUAGACAUCAGGCUUCCCUACACCCCCAUGACAUCAGGCUGCCCUAGACCACCAGGCUGCCCUAGACCACCUGGACAUCAGGCUGCCCUAGACCACCUGGACAUCAGGCUGCCCUAGACCACCAGGCUGCCCUAGACCACCUGGACAUCAGGCUGCCCUAGACCACCUGGACAUCAAGCUGCCCUAGACCACCUGGACAUCAGGCUGCCCUAGACCACCUGGACAUCAGGCUGCCCUAGACCACCUGGACAUCAGGCUGCCCUAGACCACCUGGACAUCAGGCUGCCCUAGACCACCUGGACAUCAGGCUGCCCUAGACCACCUGGACAUCAGGCUGCCCUAGACCACCUGGACAUCAGGCUGCCCUAGACCACCAGAGGAAACAGCCUACACCACAAAGCAUGUACCCACUGUAGGCCAUCUACUGUAUGUUUACAAUUAUAUAAAUAUAAAACAUCUCACUGACCAAGUGCAAUUUAUUUUCCUUUACUGUACAUGGUAGUGAAUAAAUGUACCUACAGUGCAUUCAGAAAGUAUUCAGACCCCUUGACCUUUUCCAUAUU